ACGCCUUCAUACCUGAAGCUCAACUCAACCAACUCCCCCUCCAAAAACACACAUUUCUUCUUCUUCUUCCUCCUCUUCUCUUUCUCAUCUACCAGCAAAUCUUGAAAAUUUGAAGAACAAUGACAGACGCGCUUACAGAAGAGCAGAUUGCAGAGUUCCGCGAGGCCUUUUGCUUGAUUGACAAGGACUCAGAUGGCUUCAUUACGAUGGAAGAACUGGCCACCGUCAUACAAUCGCUGGAUGGACAUCCUACCAAAGAAGAAGUUGGAGACAUGAUAAGCGAAGUCGAAUUUGAUGGAAAUGGAACAAUAGAUUUUGACGAGUUCUUGAGCAUUAUCGGACGGAAAAUGAAGGAAAACGUUACAGAGGAGCUAAAAGAAGCUUUCAAAGUGUUUGAUAGAAACCAGGAUGGAUAUAUAUCAGCCAAUGAGCUAAGGCAAGUGAUGAUAAAUUUGGGCGAGAGAUUGACAGAGGAGGAGGCUGAACAGAUGAUUAGAGAGGCUGAUUUAAAUGGCGAUGGUCUAGUUAGUUAUGAGGAAUUUGCCAGGAUGAUGAUGGCCUUCUAAUUGAUAGUAAAACUAUAUUUGAAAAAAGGCACAUUAAUUAGGGAUCCAUACAUGUGUUGUUCAUUAAUUUUUGCCAUUUGCUUCUCUGGUAGACAUUGCUUCUUGUUAUAAUGGCAGUAUGCACAGUAGCCCAGGUGAAAACGAACAGGCUUAUCUGUUAUGUUGAUUAUUGCUUUGCAUAAUAAUAAUAAUCAAAUAACAUAGAACAGAAAAGUUGCAUCAAAAUAGAAACUAUGCGCAGAAUUGAUGGUUGAUUAUCCUUCAAAGACUUUCCAUGAUCUUGCUAUGUUAGUGGCAGACAAAUUUCUACAUCCUCCCUUUGACAAUCGCAUCAUUCUAAUUUAUGAUUGAUCAAAAUUCUGUGGCUGCUACGUUUUAUUGUGAACAUUACUUGAUUAAGUUGAACACACUUGAGCUCUGAUCUCUAACCGGAGCCUGAAAGAAAAUAAUCUAAAUCUUGAAGGUGCUAAAAGGAGAGGGAGUCUGUGAACUCAUUUACUAAUAGAAAUGUUAGUAAUAUUAUGGUUCAGAUUCAUGCCUUCCUGCAAAUUUAUCCAAGGAACAAAGGAAACCAACCGCACCAAAUUAGGCAUUGAUCAUGAGUUGUUUAGCUAAUGUUUUU